AUGAAGACUAAUACCCAGAAGUGCCACGACUACCUAUUGUCCGAACUUGGAAACAACCUUCACGAGCUGUCAAUAUUCAACUUCAACAAGACCAUUGUCUAUAGACCAAUCCUAUCUUAUGUCCCGUUGUCCAAUGCGAGGCUAACAUCUUUCAAGUUCGAAACAUAUGACAAUGAGCCUGAUUUUAAGUUACUAAGAGAGUUCCUGGCAAGUCAUUCUGAGACAUUGGAGUCCAUUCACCUUGGAAUUGGGUCACAAGUCAACGACAAGUGCAAGAAGGAGUGUAGGAAGUUGGUAAAGUCGAUGGUUACCGGAGCAUUUGGUAGACUGAGAUCAUUGUCAUUUGGAACUUGGGCAUUCAAGACUGGGAUUCCAAUGAAGAAUCCACUCAAGUUCUUUGAACGUAUCAUACAAUCAUUGCCCAACCUAAAGAUACUCGAUUUGACUCAUAUCUUGGACAGUGAACAGGACUUUGUAACAUGGUUCAACGUCUCGGCUGGCAAGUUCUUAAAGUAUGACAUGAUAUCUCGUCUUCAACUUCCAUUCCUAGUGACGAAGAAAGAUAUUGAACUCUUAGAAUCACUCAAGGAGGUCAAGAAUCUCAAAUCACUGUUCAUCAAGGUGGCCACCAAGGAUCUGGUCCUAUCAUCGUCAGUUACCAGUUGUUAUUUCAACACUUCGGAGGUCCUACCUGAGCAUUUGGAACAACUAGGCAAGAACAACUCAAAUAUUCAACAUGUAAAGUUACGAGCAUACUAUCUCAAACCCUGUCCCAAGAUAUAUAUCAAGUUUGCCAAGUCCUUUACCAACCUUCGAUCAAUUAAGAUGUGGUUGACGGAUGAACAACUCAAUCUAUUCACCAUUAACUAUUUGGUACUUACCAAAACCUUGGAGCGACUAUCCAUCAAAGUUGAUUUCAUCAACCUUAGUCAAUGGUUUGAAUAUCUCAAUAUCAAUCAAUCAAUUCAAUCAGUCAAGAUCCAUGCCUUUGAGCCCGAAUUCUCCAACAUCUAUGGCAUGUUCCAAUAUGAGCCUAGGAAUCGUGUUACCCUCAAAUACCUCAGAUUCUUCAACUAUUAA